AUUCGCAACUUUUCAUGCUCUUUUAACAAAUUUUUAUGCAAAAAAAAUGAAUAUUCUUUAAUAAAAUCAUAAGUACAAAACCUUUCAAUCAUUAGAUAAUUCGAAAAUGUUUCUCAGAAGUUUUUUUAAAAAAAAAUCUAAAACAAUACCACGUAAAUUUAUAAAUAACUCUUUUGGAAGUUACGAGGUUAUUGUACCAUGGGAAAUUUCUGAAGUUAGAGAAGUUCCAUCAUAUAUUCCUAAACCUUCUUAUAGUCAAACAUUAAUUCCACGUGAUGGUCCAAAAAAACCUGAAAUUAAAGAUAAAAAUCAAAUACAAAGCAUGAAAGACAGUUGUAAUUUUGCCAAAAAAAUAUUGACUUAUAUUAAACAAUAUAUAAAGCCUGGUAUAACUACAGAUGAAUUAGAUGCAAUAGUUCAUGAAAUGAUUAUAAGUAAUGGAGCUUAUCCAAGUCCACUUAAUUAUAAAGGAUUUCCAAAGUCAAUAUGUACUAGUAUUAAUAAUGUUGCAUGUCAUGGAAUCCCAGAUAAAAGACCAUUAGUGAAAGGGGAUAUAUUAAAUAUUGAUGUAACAGUAUAUUUACAUGGUUAUCAUGGAGAUUGUUCAAAAAUGUUUGAAGUAGAAGAAUGUGAUGAUGAAGCAAAACGUUUAAUAAAUAUAACAGAAUUGUGCUUAAAAAAUGCUAUUGAUAUUUGUAAACCUAAUGAAAAUUUCUCCAGUAUAGGAAAUAUUAUUGAAGAAACAGCAAAUAAAAAUGGAUAUUCUAUAAUUCCAGUAUUUGCAGGACAUGGUAUAGGUACUUAUUUUCAUGGUCCACCAGAUAUUUUUCAUUUUGGACUUUCUUUAGAAGAAUUCAGUUUGUGAGCCAAAAUAAAAGUUCUUCCAUACAUUGGCAAUCCUAAUACUAUUUUAUUUGAUGGUGCACCUUUAUUUAACAAAUACGUAAGUGUAUCCACCUAAAUAAAAACUUUAUUCCAUUUAUGAAUUCUGUUUACGAUAUUUAUUAUAUUUUUAUUAUAUUUAAUAUUAUAUCUCAUAAUAUAUAUAUAUAUUUUAUAAUAUUUUAUAAUAUAUCUCAUUAUAUUUUAUCUAAAUGCAUUACCACACUUUGACCAUCUUCGCUUUUUAAUGGUGCAUUCGGAAGUACUUUUCUAUUCCAUGUACCAUGAUAAUCAUAAGCCAUUACAUGAAUAUAAUCAAGAUAUUUUGAAAUUUCGGGAAUAUCAUACGCCAUAUCGAUAGUUGCCUUAUUAGAACUUAAAGCUGCUGUUAAUAAAUAAUUUGAUUUUUUGAAUGCUUCUUUUAAUUCCUGUUAAAAAAUUAUAUUUCUUUAAGAAAAUGUAAUAAAUUUUUAAUUUCUUUUAAUUAUGUAAUUUAAAAAAAAUAUAAAAUAUAAAAUAUAAAAAUAUAUAUUUUUUGUUAUAUAUUGUUCUAUAUAUACUUUGAGAAGAAAAACAAAAUUUUGUUUGUCCGCAGGUAGACCUCCCCGUGAUCCUGGAUAUUCCCAAUCAAGAUCGAAUCCAUUGAAAUGAUAUUCACUAUAAAAUAUAAAUUAUUGAAUAAACAAAUCUGUAAAAAAAUAAA